AUGGCCCUUCUCUCCUUUAAAGUUGCUGCCAAGGUCGUACCCCCGUCGAUUCGGGGAGAAGAUCGUUCAGCUGCACAAGUCCAUGUGCAAGACGGCCUUCAAAUGGAAGGUGCCACUGAACCUGAGGGGACAAAAGCGCAGCGGCAGCUCGCUGCUAUCAAGAAGGAGGAGCACUCUGAUGAUGAAGAAUUGAACAAUGAGAUUCUCGAUGCUCAGCAUGAUAAACAGCUGCAUGCAUGGGGUUUACUCGAAGUAGACAAAUCAGAGCCUGCCCCGAUCGUGACCCCGACCGACAAGCCUACCAAGCCUCCGAAGCUGACAGCGGCCAAGUCCAGUGCAUCGAAGAAGAAGCAGCUGCAGCCAGUUCAGAAGCCAGCAGCCUUGUGUGACAGGGCUGUAAGCGAAGACGAGGACGACGAGGACGACGAACGACGUACGCACCGCUACAGCCCCGGCGGUCGUGGAAGUGCAGCCUCUACGGACGAGCUAGAAGACGCCAGGGAACUUCAGAUCCGGACUCUUAUGAAGGCGAACGAAAGCUUGAGGCGACGGCUCAGCAAGAUGAGUCAGGAGGAGGAAGCGGAGGAAGAGCCGAAAGAACCAGCCCCGACCCCGGCCCCAGCCACCCGAAAGCCCAAGACUUCUCCCAAGAAGCCCAGGAGCCCUGCCAAGCCAACAGCUUCUCCCAGCGCCACGAAACCCAGGAGCCCCAAGAAAAAGCAGAGCCCCAAAAAGGCCUCGCCCAAGAAAGGCAAGGAUUUGCAGACAGGGGGUGGGGCAGAGGUCGCACCAAAUGCAGUGGAGUUGGAUCAGAGUGAUGAUGAAUCCACCGCGAGCACCCGUGGUGGGAAGAUAGCAAAAAAGGGCAAUAUGGACGAAGCAACCAAGGCUUGCCGAGAGAACAGGCUACGCCGCCUGUGCGAGCGCAAGCCGAGCGGGAAGAUCAAGGUCCCUGUUGCCAUCCACGAGGCCUACAUGCGUGGUGGGACAGAGCGAGAUGACCUGAUGGAAUUCUUGGAGCAAGAGUGCUCCUGGGAUCCUGAGCUCUUCCUCAAGACAGUCGAGAAGACUUUCACCAAGAGGAGCCUGAAGGCUCGCCGCAAGAAGCGCGGAUGGUUCACCCAGGAGGGAAUGGCGAAGAAGCUUCUUUGGAGCAAGAAGUACAUCGGCGAAGUGGUGAAGUACUGUUCCAAGCCCGGCCGGGAGAACCUGGUGAAGAAGGAUAGGUACCAGAAAGGCUUGUUCAAGUACUACGUCGAGUAUGAAGACUGCGACAGUGAUGCCGAGAUAGAAGAGGAAAAGGAGGAGGAAAAGGAGUCUGAGACGGUCAGCAGGAACCCAGCCAAGAAGAAGUUGAAGGGCGUCCAGACAAAGAUCUCGGAGCUGCCAGCGGAGGAACCUGAUGAGAGUGAUGAUGAGGAUGAAAAGGCGAGGAGCAAGAAACUCACCUCUUACCAGGAGGACUACAUGUGCCUGUCAAGUUCUAUAAACAACAAAGAGUUCAAAACUUUCCAGAAGUUUGGGGACUCCUUGCUGUCCAAAGCUUCCAAGCUCGCGGACUUGCAAGCCGAUCUGGAGAGCUUUGUUCAGGAAGGCAGCAAAGGACCGGAGCAGAAGCGCCUCAAUUCGUGUCUCAAUGGCCUGGAGCAGGCUAUCGCAUGCUUGAAUGUGGAGCAUGAGAAGGUGGAGGCUGAAAAGGUCAAUCUUAUCGAGCUGGCCGACAAAGACUGCAGCGAUGAAACCGCAAAGCCGUUGCUGGCCAAGAUCAAAGAGCAAACUAAGAAGUGUCGGCUUGCGUGCAGCAAAGUCGCGGCACAAGAGAACUCGGCUCGGACACAGCUGAAAGCAUUGCAAAAGGCUGCUGAGGAGAAGGCAGCUGUCAAGCACACUGUGAAGGUGGCGAAGGCAGCGGUCAAGGACAACCCCAACAGCCAAGCACGUGCCUUGCUUCAAUUUGCAGCAGUGAGAACAAAUGAUGCGGAGUCGGCAGCCCACCGCAUCUUUCGAGAACACAAUCUCACAGUCGAUAUCAAAAUUGACCGGCUGAAUUUAGGGCAGGACCGUUCGGUGAACAGUUUCCCUUUCAUCAAACUUUCCACCUGGGUGACCUACCUGUUGGACCACGGCCUCCUGAAGAAGCUGACCGGCAUCGAGGAUGAACUUCACAUGGAAAAUGUGCUGUUGGAGUUUUGGUCACGUUACAUGGCUUUGUUUCCCGAACAUGAUCUAUGGAGCCACCCAGACAUCGACCUCUCCAGGGCGAUCCCUGUCUACACCCACACAGAUGAAGGCAGGACGUAUAAGAAGCGGCCGCUGCUUGUGUUCAGCACCCACGGAUGUUUGGGUUUGGGAAGCCAGCCGCAGCAAAGGGCCCAUGCAGACGAUCCCACAGUGGGUGUGCAGGACAUCUCCGUGGAAGAUUCCGAGAUGAAUAUGAACUUCAUCGGCAGUACCUGGGGUACUCACUUUAUCCACGCAUCCGUGCUGAAAUCCGUGUCUGAUGCUGAGCCUGAGGUUAUCCCAGGAAUCAUGAAAGAGUAUGCGGCCGACGUGCAAGCUCUUUACAACACGGGUGUGACUGACAGUCGUGGGCAAAAGCGGGUAUGGAUCGUCCAUUGUGGUUCCAAGGGAGAUCUGCUGGCUUUGUCCAAGCUCGGGCAUUUUACUCGGGACUACACACGCAUGCCUCGGGCGGCCCAGUCGAAGCAGUUGGCAUUUGGCAUCUGCCAUCUCUGCCAGGCUGGACGCGAGUAUGUGAAUGCAGCAAACAAUGUUCCCUUUGAAGAUGUUUCUUCACGUGCCAGGUGGCAUGGCACGAUGCAUCAGGAGUAUCCUUGGGAGCAGAUGCCGCCUAUCCUUCAAGGUGUUCCCCGACAUGCUCCUGGUAUGGAGGCUGCCUUCUUUUGUGUUGAUCUUUGGCAUUGCUGGCACUAUGGGCUGGCAAAGGUGUUCGUGCCCAGUGUGUUGCUUGUUUUCCAGGAAACGCUCAUUCCGGGUAGCAGCAUCGAUGCGCGGCUCGAGUGGAUCAACAAUGAUUGGAAGAGCUACUGCAAGAAUCACAAGUUCGCAGCCCACGCCAUUGAGAUCAACAAGGAUACCAUGGGCUACACCGGCUCCACUUUCCCCACGGGCCACUGGAACAAGGGAGCCAUCAGUACGACGUUGAUGUACUACCUCGAGUUUCUUUGUGUCUGCCUUGGUGUGGACUGUAACACCCCGAACCCAGUCCACAGGGAGAUUGUUACUUGCAUUCUGUAG